GAAGUCACAGCUCAGAAACCAGAACUCUCUCUCUCUCUCUCUCUGUCGCUAGGUACAUCUGCUUCUCUCUCUCACUAUAUCAGUAUAUGAAACAACGCGUGGCUGCCUAAAAGCAUCUGAUCUAAAGUCUGAUCAGACGGGGAAAAGGCGACCUCCUGAGGAAAGAAGGUCAAGAAGGAAGCUUUGCUGCAGUAGCUACUUUUUUGGAGUUUUAUUUCUGGAUCACAGAUGAUUUGUUAUGUUCUCUUUCAUCCCGAGAUUUGAUUUUUGAGCAAAAUUUUCACUUUAUGCAUUAGUUCUCUGGCCCUGAUGAAGAAAUGAUUGAAAGAAUUCGAUCUGCGUAUGAAAGUAAUUUGAAAUUGGGAUGAAUGCAGCUCGAUUGUGAGCACAACUAAUGUUCAAAUCUUGCUAUGUCUACAGUUGUCAUGUGAGCUGCAAUAAUUUGAUCUGGGCAAGUACAUCAUACAAGCCUGUCAGAUUUGCUUUGUCUGUAUUGUUGUUGGAUGUAUGUUUUGUUUAUGUUCAACUAAAAUGCCAGGUAUCUGGAUUACCGUGGUUAAAUCCAGAUAUGGUUAACCAUCGUGAUUGCUAAUAUCACGCUAGAUCACCUGUGAGUGUUGCCAUUUGAAGUUAAAGUACGCCUGCAUAGCAGCAGCUUGAGAGCGUCUCAAAGGUUCAUAAGUUAGUUGGAUCUGUUAAUUAACUAUCCGAGGCUCCCACUGGAUUCCUUGUUCUUUGAAGAAUCACUCAUUAACAUGGACACUGAAACUCCAACUACUAACUCAAGCUUUCACAAGAGGCUUCACCAUGCUGUUGUACCUGUGCUUUUGAUUGCAAUAGGAUAUGUUGACCCAGGAAAGUGGGCUGCAACUGUUGAGGGAGGAGCACGUUUUGGUUUUGAUUUGAUAACUCUAAUGCUUGUUUUCAAUUUUGCUGCUAUUUUAUGUCAAUACCUGUCAGCUCGUAUUGCCGUGGUCACUGGAAGAGAUCUUGCGCAGAUUUGCAGUGAGGAGUAUGACAAGGUCACAUGCAUAUUCUUGGGAGUUCAAGCUGAGAUUUCCAUGAUUAUUCUGGACCUAACUAUGAUUUUGGGCACUGCUCAUGGGCUUAAUCUUAUACUGGGGAUGGAUCUCUUUACUUCUGUACUUCUGACUACUGUUGAAGCUGUUCUGUUUCCAUUUUUUGCUACCUUCCUGGAGAGUGGUAAGGCAAAGUUCCUAUGCAUAUGCGCGGCAAGCUUUAUACUACUUUCUUAUGUUUUAGGAGUGAUCAUCAGUCAACCAGAAACUCCCAUGUCCAUUGGUGGGAGUGGAACGUUAACAAAGUUAAGUGGUGAAAGUGUGUUUGCAUUGAUGAGCCUUCUCGGAGCGAAUAUUAUACCUCACAGUUUUUACCUUCAUUCGUCUAUUGUACAGCAAUAUCAAGGACCAACAAAUGUUUCCAAGGAAUCAUUGUGUCAUGAACAUUUUUUUGCCAUCCUCUGCAUCUUCAGCGGCAUUUUCCUUGUUAAUUAUGUGCUGAUGAAAUCAGGAGCUAAUGUGUUCUAUAGCACCGGCCUUGUAUUGCUUACUUUUCAGGAUGCUAUUUCCCUAAUGGAUCAGGUCUUUAGGAGUUCGUUUGCACCUUUUGCCUUAAUGCUGAUUAUGUUUUUGUCGAAUCAAAUCACCAUGUUAACCUGGAAUCUAGGUGGACAAGUGGUCAUACAUGAUUUGUUCAGAAUGGACAUUCCCGGUUGGCUUUAUCAGACAACAAUCAGGAUAAUUGCUAUUGUUUCUGCACUUUAUACUGUGUGGAAUUCAGGAGCUGAAGGUAUAUAUCAACUGCUUAUAAUUACACAGGUUGUGGUUGCUCUUGUGCUUCCAUCUUCUGUGAUUCCCCUUUUCCGAGUUGCCUCAUCAAGGUCAAUAAUGGGCGUGCACAAAGUUUCUCAGUUUGUGGAGUUCCUAGCAGUGACCAUUUUUAUUGGAAUGCUUGGCCUAAAGAUUAUAUUUGUGAUAGAGAUGAUAUUUGGAAAUACUGAUUGGGCAAGUAAUUUGAGGUGGAGCAUGGGGAAUAGUACAUCUAUCUGUUACAUCGUUCUUCUUGUCAUUGCUUCUGUAUCUUUCUGUUUGAUGCUUUGGCUAGCAACGACCCCAUUAAAAUCUGCAAGUUCCAGAUUAGAAACCCAGACAUGCAACUGGGAAAUGCAAACACCUGUGCUUGAAUCAUCUGCAGAGAGAAACAAAUAUGAUAUUAGUGAAACUAGAUAUCAUUCAGGUGAAUCCACCGAAAGGCAAGAAUGCACAUUGACUUCAAGUCCUGAUCUCAAUCUGCCUGAUACACUCUUGGAUGCUGAUACUGUGCCACAUUUGGCUACUUUUGAGGAGAAGCAUUCUGGUAAUACAUAUUCCAGUCCUUCUUUACGCCCCACAGAGGAAUCGACAACCACAGUAGAAACUGUCAUAGCAUCAACUAUUAGUAAUGAUGUUUCUGAAGGGGAAUUGCUGGAUGUCAGUAACUCGAAUACUAGAUCAAUAGACUUGAAAGAAAAGACUCUCGGAAUUGAGGGGUAUGAACAAACUGAGAAAGAUGAGGAGGGAGAUACUUGGGAGCCUGAAGAAUCCUGUAAAGGAGUGUCUGGGAGCAUCCCUUUGACAUCCGAGGGUCCUGGAUCAUUUAGGAAUCUUAGUGGAAAAAGUGAGGAUGUAGGGAGUGGCACUGGAAGUCUUUCAAGACUAGCUGGAUUGGGCCGUGCUGCAAGACGGCAAUUGACUAUAGUUCUUGAUGAGUUUUGGGGACAGCUGUUUGACUUUCAUGGGCAAGCCACAAAAGAAGCAAGGGCUAAGAAACUGGAUGUGUUACUGGGGGUAGAUUCGAAGGUAGAUUUAAAAUCUGCCUAUGGAUCACUGAAAGUGGACAAUAGUGGGAAGGAAUAUUCUGGAUAUUUUCCAUCUGAUGGUGGAAGAGGAUCUAAUUCAAGUUUAUAUGACUCUCCCAAAUCAUCUUAUGGGGCUCAAAGGGGUUCAUCUUCUUUUUCAAACCACAUGCAGUUGUUAAAUGCAUAUGUGCAAAAUUCCAGCUGCAAUGCUACCGAGGCUGGUGAGAGGCGCUAUUCUAGUGUGCGCAUUCCACCAUCUUCCAAUGGGUACGAUCAACAGCCAGCUACUAUGCAUGGAUAUCAGUUUGCAUCAUAUCUUAGUCAAAUUGGUAAAGAAAGAAGUACUGUUUACUUGAAUGAUCAAAUGGAAUCACUAACCCCAACAUCCACACCUUUGCUCACUUCAAAUUACAUAGAUCCACUCGCUCAUGCCUUGGGGCAAAAACCACAAAAUGGGUUGAGCACUAUAAAGGCACCGGGCUUUCCAAGCGUUGCUGUAGCUAGAAAUAGUUCAUUGCACUCUGAAAGACCAUUUUAUGGCCUUCACUCUCCUGAACCAAGUGAGAAUGUAAGUAGCACAGUUAAUACAAAGAAAUACUAUAGCAUGCCGGACAUCUCUGGACUCUCUAUCCCUCAACGAGAUCCAUUAUUGUCUGAUAGGAGUGCUCAGUGGGAUAGACCCAUGAGAUAUGACCCAUCUGUUAGUCGCACGUUGAAUGAACGAUCCUUGUAUUCAAACGCUUCAUUGAAUGCUGGAGCUCCUUUGGUAUUUGAUGCUUUUUCUCCUUCCAAAGUCUGUAGAGACGCAUUCUCAUUACAAUUCAAUUCAAGCUCAGAUGCUGGGUCCUUGUGGUCUAGACAACCAUUUGAACAGUUUGGUGUGGCUGAUAAAACUCAUCCUGUCGAUGGUGGAAGUGUUGGAGAUGGUCAAAUUUCAGCAACUGAAGAAACUGCAUUCGAUGUCGAUUUGGAAGCAAAGCUUCUUCAGUCUUUUAGACAAUGUAUUUUGAAGCUCUUGAAGCUGGAAGGAUCUGAUUGGUUGUUUAGACAGAAUGAUGGGGCUGAUGAGGAUCUUAUUGAUCGUGUGGCUGCAAGGGAAAGAUUCAUUUAUGAAGUUGAAACUAGAGAAAUCAACCGAGUGGUUCACAUGGAUGAUGCUCAGUUUGCUCCUGAUAGGAAAGCUGCUUCUGCACUGGAAAAUGAUAAAUUUCUGGUAACCUCAGUUCCUCAUUGUGGGGAAGGCUGUAUUUGGAGACUGGAUCUGCUAGUAAGCUUUGGAAUAUGGUGCAUUCACCGGGUUCUUGAGCUUUCCCUUAUGGAAAGCCGGCCAGAGCUUUGGGGGAAAUACACUUAUGUACUCAAUCGUCUUCAGGGGAUUGUCGAUUUAGCAUUUUCAAAGCCCCGUUCUCCAAUGAUCCCCUGUUUCUGCCUUCAAAUUCCAGUCUCACACCAACAUAGGUCAAGCCCACCAAUUUCAAGUGGGAGCUUGCCUCCACCUGCAAAACAAGGCCGGGGGAAAUGCACAACCGGGGCCAUGCUCUUAGACAUAAUCAAAGAUGUUGAACUUGCAAUCUCAUCCCGAAAGGGUAGAACGGGCACUGCAGCUGGUGACGUGGCUUUCCCUAAAGGAAAAGAAAAUUUGGCAUCCGUCCUCAAGCGCUAUAAGCGUCGUUUAUCCAACAAAUCAGUUGUCACUCAUGAGGGUGGAUCUGGGUAUCGUAAGGUUUCUGUAUCAGCUUAUGGCUCAUAACCUUUGCUUACAGUUCAUAGCAUCUGGGUGGACAAUUUUUGGGUUGUUGGAUGUUCUAACACAACUCAUUCUCUACGUCAGAGGUGCUCAGUAGUUCUCUCUCUCUCUCUCUCUCUCUCUCUCUCGUGUAUCAGAAUAUUGAUGCAUGUACAUUAUCAUGUAGACAUAGGACAAAAUGUAUUGGAUCCAUAAUUGCAGCAGAAUGAGCGGGGAA